AUGACCAAUAACAUGGAAGUAACAAGGCCCAAACGGUCAACUACUGCGAAUGUGGAUUAUGAUCUGAAAAAAAGAAGAAUUAUUCCAAGCGAAGAUCGGCCCAGAAGGGUCGUCUCCAAUGUAUCGCUGAACUCUAAUGAUAAUACUACAUCUGAGUUUGCAGGUCCGGUGAUUUCAAAGGACGAGAAUGGGAAUAUUCGGUUCCAGGAGCCGCCCGUUCAUGACCCAGUAAACGGGAUGACAGGAAGUCCUUUAUCCCAAAGGCCGAAAAGGGCUAGCAAUAGUGAUAGUAAUAAUACAAGCGCUACAAAUAUCACAAACACAGAUACUGUGGAAACUCCUGAUGGAAAUAAACCCGUUGAAGGAAGUGUGGAAGGGAAUAACGGCAGUAGCAGUGGUGUUGAAAAACCCAAGAAGAGAAAAUAUACCAAAAAGAAUAAAACGGACGUUUAUGACGCAUUGAGAUCUAAGAUGAAGGAUAUGUAUGAACAAAACCUACAAACCAAUAAAUCUAACGAACUCACGAAGCCAAGUGACAUACGGUCGCAUGCUCACUCGCCGAGCAAUGAUAAUGAUACAGCAUCUUCUCCUCAAAAGAAAAAUUUAAAUCAGGAAGAGGGAACUGAUGUCGACGGCCUUUCUUCCGAUACAACAGCGCGAGCAUCUGAAUCGGCAUCCUCGGAUUUCAACAAAGCUGUCGCAAUGAAGAUAGUGAAACGUAUGAAGUCAAUAAAGGAUAAAGAUACAAAACUAUUCGGCCAAAACGAUAAGGCAUCCCAUUUACACAUCCCGGAAAUUGACCCGGACAACAAUAAGGAAAAUGACGAUUUUUGCUCUACUUGCCAUGGAUCAGGAGUAUUUUUGUGUUGUGAUACGUGUCCUAAGUCAUUCCAUUUCGCGUGCUGCAAUCCUCCUCUCGAUCCAAGUAAUUUGCCAGAAGGUGACUGGUCCUGUGACGAAUGUAAAUUCAAGCAACUGUUGAAAUCUAAAAAAAAUGGAAUGCUUUCAGAAAAGAAGCAAAGAUCAAAAUUCCUUUCAGAACACUCCAAAGAUCCUGGGUACCAACUCUUUGGUGCUUUGGUGUUCGAUUUGAAGCGUAAGAACCCUUCACAAUUUCAAUUGCCCUCACUAAUAAAAUCUACUUUUGAAUCCGUAUAUUCUGGCCCUCAAGGAGAAUAUCGUGAUGAACAUUUCAAAGAAAACAUCAACGAAAAACAAAUAUUCCAUUCCGCUUACGGACAAUCGGUGACAAGGUUAGACUCGUAUCAACCGGAGCACCAUAUGAAGCCGGAUACUGAAGAGCUUUUGUUGUGUUAUCAUUGCGGAGAAUCGAGAAUGGGAACUUGGGAUCACCCGGACACACAGAGAUUGAUAAUGACAUGUGAUUACUGUUCUACUCCAUGGCACUUAGACUGCCUACCAUAUCCAAGAGCUUCACUUAAGAAUUUAGGCUCUAAAUGGAAAUGUCCGUUGCACGCACCACUACCUAAAAGCUACAAAAGACGUUUAGCAAGAGGAAAACAAAAAUAUAUUCUACUUCCAGUUGGAAGUAAAAAUUAUGGAGAUGUUGAGAUUCUGUUAGAUCGUGAUUCUUGGGUAGUACCGAAAGUUAAUGAACAAAACGUAGCAUUACAAUUCCUAGAUAAGGUUUACCAGGCAAAAAGGGUUCAAAAAUACAACGAGUUAUACGAACACUCCGUGAUAUUGGAUAAACUAAUGAACGGCGGGGACUCAAAUCCACUUCUUAAAGACCUAUCAAAUCUAUUAUACUUCCAGUCAUCUGGCGACUUGAAAAGGUUAUGGGAUUUCAAAGAACUUUGUAAGAUAUCAGAACAACAAUUGCAAAAGGAAGAACCUAAAGACAUCUCUGAGGAUGCUGAAAUGGAACUACUAAAAAAAUUGAAGAAACUUUUGGAAUCGAAACCGAAGGAAGAGGUCAUUGACUUCUUCAAACUCGAUCAAUGA